GCUGCAUGCAUUUUCAUCAAAUCUCACGUGGACUCCAGCAGCGUUGAUUCCCUCUUCUACGCUGCACAGUCCAUCCGGGUCCUGUCUGGCUGUGAGGUUACCAUUUCAAAUGAGACCAGGGAGCUGCUGCUUGCAGCUGUCAGUGAGGACUCCUCAGUCACCCAGAUCUUCCACGCCGUUGGGGCCCUGAGUGGCUUUGGCCUCCCUUUGGCAUCUCAGGAAGCACUCACUGCUCUCACUGCUCGACUUAGCAAAGAAGAAAAUGUGCUGGCAACCAUCCAGGCUUUGGAGACGGCAUCUUACUUGUCCCAGCAGGCAGAUCUAAGUGGGAUCGUUGAGGAGAUAGAGGAUCUUGUUGCUCGCCUGGAUGAUUUGGGUGGAGUUUAUCUGCAGUUUGAAGAAGGAAUUGAGACUACCGCACUGUUUGUUGCUGCUGCCUAUAAGCUGUCAGACCAUGUGGGUACAGAGCCAGCAGUGAAGGAGGAUCAAAUUAUCCAGUUGAUGAAUGCGAUUUUUAGCAAGAAAAACUUUGAGACGCUCUCAGAAGCCUUCAGCGUUGCGUGUGCCGCAGGUUCUUUAUCCCGGAACCGCUACCAUUUGCCUGUCAUUAUUGUCCCUGAUGGGCCUGCAGCUGUGUCUCACCAUCAGCCUGUACUCAGGCUACAAGUGACUGAUGUUAUGUCCCAGCCACUGACUCAAGCUUCUGUAAAGCUUGACUACGCCAAGUCUGCAUCUAGCAAAGCCACUGUCCUUCAACAGACAGCAUUUGCUCUGUCAGGAGACGUUUUUGAGCUGAACUUCAUGAAUGUGAAACCUGCAAGUGGAUAUUACGACUUCUCUAUCAGUGUUGAUGGAGAUAAGCGAUUUAUUGCUAACAAAGUUGAGCUGAAAGUGAAAGUUUCAACAGAAGUUGGGAUUACUAAUGUAGAUCUUUCUACUGUUGAUAAAGAUCAGAGCAUUGCGCCAAAAACAACCAGGGUAGCUUACCCAGCCAAAGCCAAGGGCUCAUUCACUGCUGACAGCCAUCAGAACUUUGCUUUAUCCUUCCAGCUGAUAGAUGUGAACAGUGGAGCUGAACUUAUCCCUCACCAGACUUUUGUCCGACUUCACAACCAAAAGACUGGCCAGGAGGUAGUGUUUGUUGCAGAACCCGAUAGCAAGAAUGUAUAUAAGUUUGAACUGGAUACCUCUGAAAGAAAGACUGAAUUCGACUCUGCCUCUGGUACCUACACUCUUUACUUGAUAAUUGGAGAUGCCACUCUGGAAAACCCAAUCCUGUGGAACGUGGCUGAUGUUGUGAUCAAAUUCCCAGAAGAGGAUGCGCCAUCCACAGUCCAGUCCAAGAACCUCUUUGUUCCCAAACCUGAAAUCCAGCAUCUCUUCAGGGAACCUGAGAAGAGGCCUCCCACUGUGGUAUCUAACACUUUCACAGCAUUGAUUCUCUCCCCUCUGCUUUUGCUGCUCAUUCUGUGGCUAAAGAUAGGUGCCAACAUCUCCAACUUCAGCUUUGCUCCCAGCACCAUUGUUUUUCACAUGGGACAUGCCGCAAUGUUGGGACUCAUGUAUGUCUACUGGACUCAGCUCAACAUGUUCCAGACUCUGAAGUACUUGGCAAUUUUGGGUGGCAUCACAUUCCUGGCAGGCAACAGGAUGCUGGCUCAGAAAGCAGUAAAACGGACACACUAGUACCAGAAGAAUGGAAGAAAUGGGGAAAAACAAAGCAAAUGCCUUCAGAACAGAAGUGAAUAAAUAACUGAAAGACCAGAAGAAGGAAGGCAGAAGCAGAUUUUUUUAUAUAUAUUAAGUCAAAGGGGUGCCAGUUAUACUUUUUUAAAAAUCUGUUUUUCAUCGUUGUGUUCAUGUUACUUGAAUGCUUUUCAUAUGAAUCCGGAAAAUCCUUUCUUCCCUAGAUCCGUCCCCCUUUUUCUCCCAGGACAUUUUAAUUUCCUUUAGAACACGAGGAAAAAGAAAAUACAAUUCUGCCUUUCCCCAAGUGCCCCCUCCUCAACCUAAACGAUCUGUGAAUAAAGAGGA